GGCAGACCGCCAUCUCCUACAUAAAGGGGCGCACGCAUGAAGUGAUGGCCACGCAGGGCUGGGCUGACGCAGUGCGCACCCAGCCAGAAGACGUCAUAGAGGUCAGCAAGCUGCUCGCGGAGACACCAGAGUCCAGCGUGCCGGCCACUGCAGACUGCAGGCCCACCAGCACCAGCCACGGCACUCAGCCGCUCAGCGACCGUGGCCGCACUCCCACUGCAGCUGCACGCCAUACUCCCCCGCCACCUGACGACUCGGCCGUCUCCCGCCUGCGGUUGCUUUCCGAAGCAGAGAGAGGGAGGAGGCUGAUAGAAGCAGCCAAGGAGGGGGCGGUAGAGCAGCUGUGCAGGUUGCUGGCAGCAGGAGCGGACGUGGGGGUGAGGGACAGAGCGUGGUACAGCCGGACUGCCCUGCACUGGGCAGCAGUCUGGGGCCAUGUGGGGGCAGCCAGCUGCCUCAUAGGGGCCAGCGCGGAGGUCGACGCCAGGGGCAGCAGGCAGACGACACCCCUACACUUCGCUGCAGCAAAUGGCCACACGGCUUUGGUGCAGGUGCUGCUGGAUGCAUCUGCUGACCCAAAUGGCAGAGAUGACUUGGGGCUCACGCCACUACACUUGGCGGCAAGGUGGGGCCAGACAGGGGUGGCGGUUGAACUGCUGCAGGCGGGAGCUGACAGUGUGGCCAGGGAUGGCGGGGGGAGGACCCCUCUGGACCUCGCCAUGCAGAACAAUGAGCAGCAGCUGGUGGAAAUGCUGCAACAACGCUGAUGUGCAGCAUUACACAACACAUAAUUAGUUUUACCAUAUGUCUUAGUCAUAA